AUCUUCAUAACGGUGAAGAAAUAUUCAAAAACGUCUAAAUCUUUAUAUUGUUAUAGAAGUGUUUAUUUUUAUUACUAACAUAUUGCUUUGUCUAAAGAAGCACCUGCUUCAUUGUGACUGCUGAGCAUUAAUAAAUGUACACGAUGGAAGUUAGAACUAGAAAGUCAGGUCAUUUAAAAAUGUUUCAGAUAAGCAAAAAAUGUAAAUAUCAGUCAAAUAUAACCUGGGUUAACAUAAAACGAAGGAGUAGAAAGCUAUCCAAAACAACUUUGCCCUAUCUUUAAACACUUUUCCCCUUUUGUUAAAUUAACCCCUUAUCUAUAAAGAUAACUUCACUUCCCCUGUUGAAGAAUUGUAGCAUUAAGAAAUCACUUCAAUAGAAUUUGUCUGAUAGCAUGAAGAAGGAAGGUUAAAAGACCUCAAAAAGCAACAAACCAUGCCCCGUUCGUAAGGGAUUCAGGAAAAAAGGAAUCCAGAACGACAUCUGAAUCCCCUCAGGUCUGAGUACCAUGACAAGCCCACUACUGACCAAGGAUUUACCAACAACCACCAUAUAGCUUCAUGAAACUUUGGAGCUCUUUAUUUAUUAUUUAUAUACUUAAAUAUGCAAGUGAGGCCUUUGAGUAGUUUACUGUUGUACCAGUAUCAUUAGAAAGAUUAAACCAGAUUCCACUGAAUCCUUUCAUUUUAAACUUCUCUGUAAUAAACCACUUCACUGCUGCUUCAUCUGACCUUUGACCCCAAGUAAUCCUCAGUCCUGCCAGAUUUAGCCGAGGAUUUCAGAGUUGGGAUGACGCGUGUUGCUUUGCUUCACUUUGACUCAGUUCUUAGUUGAAAUAACCAGAACGACGACGGAGAGGAUGUGACUGUUUGUAAAAAUGGAUUUACUGAAAUGUCUUGCCACGGAUCUGAAAGGACAACGAGCCCUUCCCACAAUGCCCAGUCAACACACAACAGAUCUGCCAGUCCCAAAACGGAAGAAGAAGAAGAUGAGGAAGGAUACGAAUGGAAUGAAUGAGAAAGGAGAUCAAGCAGUGGAGAUGGGAGGAGUCAGCAGCCGGCGGGCGUCCCAGGUCAACGAUCAGUUGAUCCUCGAAACCACGACAGACACGUCAACACACUGGAGAAGGAAGAAGAAGAAAGCUGCAUCGAUAGAUCUAGAGGACGAUCAGGCCGAACUCGGUGAUGGAGACGCUGGAGAUCAGACCACAGAUGGGGAGGAAAUGAUCAAAAAACCCAAAAGAAAAAAGAAAUCAAAAGUAGCUGAGUCGCAACUUCCUGAUGAGUUUGAAGUUGAAGAAGAGGACAUCAUCACUGACACCAGUCCAGUCCCCCAGCAGUCCUUGUUCUCAGCCCCGCAGGUUCAGAGCCAGUCAGUGGGGAAGGUGUUCAUCGAGAGGAACAAGCGGUUCCAGGCUGCAGAACGCUCAGACUGGAGAACCACCAGUGAGCAAACGGACAACAUGGCCGACUUCCAGCAGGUGCAGCCUCUGUGGACCACCAGAGACGUGUCUGUCAGAGUCCACGAAGGAUUCAGGGUGUUCGGUGUGUAUUGUCAGGGCUUCCUGGCCGGCUACACCGUGUGGAACGUGGUGGUGGUGUACAUGCUGGCCGGGCAGCAGCUCACAGCUCUCACCAACCUGCUGGAGCAGUACCAAUACCUGGCGUACCCGUCCCAGUCCCUGCUCUACAUGCUGCUGGUCAUCAGCACCGUGGCCGCCUUUGACAGACUGAAUCUGGCCCACGUUUCCGUGGCUCUGCGGGAGUUUGUGACGCUCAGUCCAGUGGCUCUCGCUUCAUUCUUGUAUUUUUCAGCACUGGUCCUCUGUCUGAGCCAGCAGAUGACCAGCGAUCGAAUCAACCUCUACUCGCCCGUCAACGCUACGUUAUGGUCUCCUGGAUCAGAGCACCAGAUUCUUCACCCAUGGGUAACCAUCAACCUGGUGGUGGCUCUGCUGGGGGGGUUGGCUUGGAUCUUGAUUGCCAUCAGCUCUGAGACAGAUUACACUGAGGGUUAUCUGAGGUCCAUGGAUAUUGAACCUCCAAAGCCAGAAGAGAAGUCAGAAAUCACUGCCUGAAAAAAGAAAUUCUGUCCAUCUGCUUUCAGUAGCAGGUCUGUUAGCGCCCUGCACAUAUUUCUCUGGUUGAGUUAUAUGUUGUUUCUGUAAUGUGGUUGUUUCUUUGUAAAUAAAGUUAUUUUAACAAAAC